AUGGACUUCGCCAAGGAAGUUGUCGCUCAGGCGGCGCUGUCCGAGAUCCUUGGCCGCAUCUUCUCGUCCCUGCUAGACGGCCUCCGCCUGCCGACCGACCGUGGCGCCAGGGACGCGCACCGCCGGCGGCUGGAGCGGUUGCUUGGCAGUAUCGGCAGUAUGGUCGAGGAGGCGGAGGGGCGUCACAUCAACAACCACCAGCUGCUCGGCCACCUCAAGGUCCUCACUGAGGGCAUGUACCGCGCCCGCUUCGCCCUCGAGGCGGCCGACCUCGACGACGCCCAUGACGCCGACGCGACGGACGACAACGGCAACCGGCGCCGCUCGCUCACGCUGCUCUCGCCGUUCAACAGGGCGAAGCGCUCCCGCAUCACGAGCCUGAUCUGGGGAGCUGGCGCUGGCGCCGGGGACAACGACGGUGGGUCGAUGCAGAGGUUGGCGGCUGCCAGCGAAGAGCUGGAGGAGCUGACGCGCGACUGCACGAGGGAGUUCGCCGGAGGCCAGCCGGGGCAGACCGCGUGGGAGAGCGACGGGCCGGAGUACCUCGCCGGCGUGCGCCGCAUCAUCGGCGACCCGCGGGAAGGCCGAUCGCUCCUCGUGUUCGACGACGCCUGGCCGGUCGACGCGUCGGCCUGGCGCGAGCUCGCGUCGACCACCCCGGGCGCGGGCGACUGCAAACUCAUCUUCACGUGCCGCGACGCCGACCUCGCCCGGGACAUCAGCACGGCGGCGGAGCCGGUGGUGCUGGGCAAGGCCCCGAUGGAGGAGUACUGGUACUACUUCAAGGCUUUCGCGUUCGGCGGCGGCGCGGAUCCCAGGGACCACCCGCGGGCCGCGGUGAUCGGCCGGGAGAUCUGCGAGCGGCUCGACCGCACGUACCUCGACGCCAGGGUGCUUGGUGGGCUGCUCGGGGCCAACCUCGGCGACGCCCCGUUCUGGCGCCGCAUGCUGGCGGCCCUCGCGCGGUGCGAGCGUCGGCCGCUGCACGUCGGCGUCCUGCUCGAGCUCCUGCCCGUGAACGGCAGGCGGCUGCAGUCGUACGGCUACUGCCGGAGCCCGCCGGAUGUCACCGUGCAGGACGUGCUCGGCGGGAGGGCCAGCGGCGGCUCCGAUGAGGAUGGCUCGAUGACCGUCCAUCUCUGCAGGGAGACGCUGUACAUGGAUCACUGGUACAGCAUCACUUUCAAGAAGUACUAG